AUGAAGAAAAGCAGAGGUCGAACAGGCCGAAAGAGGAGAAGAAAGCACUUGCAGAGUUUUAUGGAUGGAGCCAACUGCAGUCACAGACUGGAAUACAUUAAACUUAAGAAGUGGCUCAAAGACAGAGGAUUUGGAGACAGCAGUUUAAGGCCUGCAGAGUUCUGGGAGACAGGAAGAGGAUUGAUGACAACAAAAGCUCUUCAGACAGGAGAUCUGAUUAUUUCAUUGCCUGAGAAAUGCUUACUCACCACGGGCACCGUCCUGAGCAGCUGCUUGGGGGAGUACGUUGUGAAGUGGAAGCCUCCUGUGUCUCCUUUGAUGGCACUGUGCACAUUUUUGAUAGCAGAGAAGCAUUUUGGGGAGAAAUCCCCGUGGAAACCCUACCUGGAUGUUUUACCCAAGACUUACACCUGCCCUGUGUGUUUGGAGCGUGAUGUGGUAAACCUCCUGCCAGAACCUCUCAGAAAGAAAGCUCAGGAGCAGAGAACAACAGUGCAAGAGUUGUUUGAGUCUUCCAAAGCCUUUUUCUCUUCCCUGCAGCCUUUGUUUGCUGAGGACACAGGGACUGUUUUUACCUACAGUGCCUUAGAGUGGGCUUGGUGCACUGUGAACACCAGGACAAUCUACAUGAAGCACUCACAGAGGGAAUGUUUUUCCCUUGAGCCAGAUGUUUAUGCUCUGGCACCAUAUUUGGAUCUGCUAAACCACAGUCCAAAUGUUCAGGUCAAGGCUGCAUUUAAUGAGCAAACAAGGAGCUAUGAAAUUUGGACUAAUUCCCAGUGCAAGAAGUAUGAAGAAGUAUUUAUCUGCUAUGGACCUCAUGAUAACCAGAGACUACUGCUGGAAUAUGGAUUUGUGGCCAUGGAUAACCCCCACAGCAGUGUUUAUGUCUCAUCAGAUACUCUCCUCAAAUAUUUGCCACCACUGGACAAGCAGAGAAAGGCCAAACUUGCUAUCCUGAAGGAUCAUGAUUUCCUUGAAAACCUGACCUUUGGCUGGGAUGGACCCUCUUGGAGACUCCUCACAGCCCUCAAGCUCUUAAGUCUUGGAGCAGAUGAAUUUGCUUGCUGGAGGAGGACACUGCUUGGUGAGGUCAUCUCAGCCAGAAAUGAACAGCAGACAUGGAAUAUAGUAGGGAAAAUAUGUCAUUUUCUACUAGAGGAGACCCAACAUGUCCUUCUCCAGAUUUCCCAGUUGAAAAGGACCAAAGAGAGCCUCAAACCCCACUUGGCUUUGGUGGAAAAGCUCCACUUGGAAGACCUGAAGAUACUUCAAAAAUCAGCUGAGAUUCUCUGCAACUUAAAUAUGGCAACAAGUUGA